AUGCGGAUUGGUCUCGACGCUUCCUUCACACUCAUACCUCCACCUCCCACCCAAGUGACUCAGGCCUGUGCCACAUCUGACCUCCCAUUCAACCGACGCGUGUCCUGGUGGCGUGGUGAUACUGAGCCCUCACUUCACCCACAACCAUUCUCGUGGGGCAGAGAUGGGACAAAUCAACAACUCCUCACAGUGGAGGAGAACAGAGGUCGAAGCACUCAACACUGCCUGAUUGAAGGAGUCGAUAGGUGUCAAAGGAAACCGUUGAAUGUGUCUCACGCCUGUCUCCUCGGACACGCACAAAUUCCUCCCUUCAACUGUGUUGCUGCAACAGCCAAAACACACAAAACUGCUGCCUCCUCCUCCUCCUCCUCCUCCUGCUCGUCCUCCUACGAGCCCCUUUUUGCUUUGGCCUUUGAGCCAUCGUAG